AUGGCGAAAUACGUGUAUUGGAUGGGUUUGCCGUUUGGGAAAUCGGCUGGGACUACCUUGCUUCCGCAUAUCCGGGUGCUUACCUCAUUAGAUGUGCACCGUCCUUUCAUGCAGUCCCGCAUGUGCUGUUCGCCCCUGGCAGCGAAUCGUUCCUUUGCUGCUGGAAAGCUUUGCGCGCAGAGGAUUUGUGAGUUUUGCACACUGGACAAGGUAGAAGAUGAGCGUCAUGUCCUAGAACUCCUAGCAACGUUUCAUUGUGCAUUCAAAUCGCUUAUAUGCUGUCAGGACAACUUUUAUGUAUGGCGUAAGCACUACUUCAUAAUAUUUUCUGGAGGCGAGCCAUCGAUUGGAUUGUAUUUUCAGUUCAAGACCGAUGCUUCCCCAGACAAGUCGAAGCCGCUGGUUGGCUGCAGGGUACUGGUACGUGCGGUGAUAGUGUGGAGGGAUUCGCAAGCGGGGGUCGCACAAAACACGUCAACAUCGUUCAAGUCAGAAGCCCUUGGUCUGGGUGCUAAGCAUGGCAAACGUACGCAGGACAUUUUGGAGCAACAGGGGAGGUUCAGGUUUACCAUUGAGUUCAAGGACAAGCAACGGUGGUACCUUGCAAGCCACUCAGUCGAUGACCGUAAAGAAUGGUUGACAGCUGUGGUCGCCCAUUAUCACGCCCUGCUGCGCCGUUCUGGCGGCUUUAGUUUCCGCCAUGGCCACGACGGCGCUCUGGCCGGUGCUCGCCGCCACCAUCAAGGGGGUCAUGGUCAUGCAUUUCAGGCGCCGCGCAGCACGGCUUCGUCACCCCCAGGAACCCCUACACGUCGGCAAGCCUCCCCCACAGCCUCCCUGAGGACUUCCGUGGGCGACCUGACGGCAGAGGAUGGGGACCGCGAUGGGCUCCCCAGUGCCAGUACCAGUGAGCUUGGCACCCCUAUUCGCGCCAUGCCCUCGGGAAAUACGACUCCGCAGUCAGUGACGGGGUCCAUGACUUCCAUGGCAGGCUUGCAACAGCAGAUGGAGCAGCAGACACACUCACGGCGGCCCAGCGGUGAUAGCUCGGCAGGGUUCCAAGCCCACGGCCAGGGAAACAUCUUCCGGGGCGGGGACGGCUCAACCCGCGGCCGUUCAGCUACUUUGGCGGGCCUGGCGCCAGCUGCAAAUUCUGCACCGCCAGGUGGAUUCCUGCCGUCGUUUAGCUCGCAGAGCGCAUUGCUAACGGCAGCAUCGCAUGCGCCGAGUUCUGCCAGCAAGGCAAGCGGCUAUGCAGGGGCCGCGGCAUCGGGUCCCGCACCCGCCGCGGUGAAGGGCUCCUUCUUUACGAAGUUCCUGUGGUGGGACGCUCCCGUGACAACAACGGCGAGGCCAGCACUGUCGGCGGGGGCCGGGGGCCAGCAGCAACAGCAGCAGGCACUGGCAGCAGUACGCCCCCGGCCGUACGAAGUAACACCACUGGGCCCUGACCUGGGACAGCUGGACCUCAUAUCAGGCAAGUUUGACGGGUCGCUGGUGACGUCCUCGGUGUGUGAGCAGUUUGAACGUGCGCGGACAUAUGUCGACAAACACCCGGAGCACUUCAGCGAGCGGCAGCGCGGCGCACUGCAGAACUGGGCAUCUCUGGUGGAGGGUCAGGCUGCGACUCCGGACGUGCUCAUGGCUUGCAAAGCGCUCUACGUCUUGGAGGUCACCCGUGUGCGGCCCGACUGGUCCGCAGCUGACGAGGGCGACACCUCAUUUGCAGGGCCUGAGGCCGUCAUCGUGCAGGUACGUCGCAUGCCAACGGCGAUCAGCCUGACUACCUUAAAAGAGUGCCUGGACUACUGCUCCAAGGACUGGCUGGACAUGUUUUGUCGGCUGGAUGGAGCUACUCUCCUGCUGGACGUGCUUCGGAGCCACGAGGGCCCAGCGAGGCAAGGCAUUCCCGAGGCCCUCGAGGCCCUCAUGGUCACGCUGCAGUGUGUUCAAUCGCUUACCUCCAAACCCGGUGGCAUGGCGGCGGUGCUGGCGGUGCGGGGCUUCACUCGCGCAGUGGCUGCCCUGCUUCGCCCCGUGGACUCGGACACCACCCGGGUGGCUCUGGAGCUACUGACCAAGAUGCUGUUGUUCCAUGACCAGAGCUAUCGCCAGGCACGGUCUCUUGUUGCUUCGGGAGAAUAUUGUUGCUCGAUGACGGUCGUGAGGGAAAUAGCGAUACCCUUCCACAGCCUGACGUCUGAAAGUAGUGCAACUGUGCCUUGUUCGGUUUCGGGAAAUGCGGCUCUCACGCAACCCAGCUACCUUAUCUGCGGCCAUGUGUACAUAGGCGACAGCGUGCAUAUCCUCACGGACACGGAAAGGAACGGUAUGCGAAUGUGCCGCGUGCGUGCGUGUUGUACAGGUUGCUUGGGUGCUGCUGUGUCUCGUUUGAAACCCUUCGAGCAUGUCACCGGAGUAGCCAGGGCGGCGGCAACACCACCGCCGCCGCCGCCGGGCCCUCCACCGCCGCCGCCAGUCACCGGAGUAGCCAGGGCAGCGGCAACACCACCGCCGCCGCCGCCACCAGGUCCUCCGCCGCCGCCACCCGUUGUGGUUACACCCAGAGGUGCCCCGGCCCCGCCGCCACCUCCUGGGCCGCCACCACCACCGCCGGCUGUUGUGAGACCGCCUCCACCGCCGCCUCCCCCGGCGCCGCCACCACCACCGCCGCCACCGCCGCCCUGUUUGCAAAUGUCCGGCGGCUGGACAUACCUCCCAGGCGCAACUGUUAAGGUGAACGAGAGCACCCCUAACUUUCACAGUAGUGACGGCGUCGAGGAAACCACUUGGGAUUACGGCACCCGGCUUCCAGACGAGUGGACCCGAGCUCUGGUAGCGAACACGCCUGGGACGCAACAUGUUCCACUGUUCCGAUGGGUGGAUGCGGGUAUGCCGCCACCACCUCCGGCACCCCUCUCACCGCCGCCGCCACCACCGCCACCACCGCCCGGCCCUCCACCGCGGCCAAUAGUGGUCAUCCCCAAGUCGCCGACCAGCUAUGUAUCAUCGCCAAACGACGGCAACGAUCAAGGGCCAUUUUCAUUCAGCACACCCCACAGGACAGGAGACGAGGAUGAUGAGUCUGAGGGGACGCCGCUGCUUGGUUCCGCCGGCAUUGCCUCACGGUCUGGCUUCUCCACUAGGACAGCAGCCCAGCCGCCUGCGCCGUCCUCACAACCAGUGAACCCAGAUCCUCGGAGCCAAACUUCAGGAGCAUCGGCGACCGAGGGCUCCACCAGUGCACGUCAAAGCAGCGGCGGAGCGCCGGUGUGCUCAGCAGGUGUUGGGCCAGCGGCGGUGUCAGGGCUAAGUAUGCAGCCGGGCGGGCCUGGCAGCACCUGUGCCGACGGUGGAGCUAUGGCCUUGGGGGUUGCAGGUGCGCGUAGUGACGGCGAUCAGCACCUUGCUGCGGAGGUGGCUGAGGAAUACGUGUCAGCGCUUCUUGACCUGCUGGAUAUGGAGAAUGACAAGUUCGACCAGGACCUGGUGCUGCAUGUGGUCAAAUUCAUUAGCGUGGUGCUGGUCAGCCCCGAGGCGGAGGCCAAUGGACCACUGAUGCAGCGCUUCGUGGACGCGCUCAUGUCACGGCGCCUGCUGAGCCUCUUUGCCGACCUCACGGGGAUGGAUAACACCUUUCUGGACAAGGAAGUCAUGGCCAUCAAGGACACCAUCAUGCAGAUUGUCGCGCCGCUGCCGCCACCGCCGCCACCGCCCGAACCAGAACCCGCGGCGUCAGUGGUGAAGCCGCUGCAGCACUCGGCGUCUUUUAAGCCGCAGCAGCAGCACCCUCUGGCUCCGCUGCCGCGGACACCGCUGCCCGGCUCGCCACCGCCACAGGUCGUCAUUCCCGGGUUGUCACCGGCCGACUCAUCGACCCCACCGCCGCCGCCGCCACCAGCGGCGGCAACACCGCCGCCGCCGCCGCCCCCGGGCAUUUUCGCAAGGCCGGCGUCCGUGCCACCUCCGCCUAUGGCGACACCGCAGCGGUAUACUGCUAAGCCGGUUCCUCAGCCGUCUAAGAAGAUGAAGCAGCUGUUCUGGGACACUAUUCCUUACGCACGCUUGCAUGGCACGUUCUGGGUGGAGCAGGACCUUGAUGAGGAGUGCAAGGGGCCGAGUGAUGCUGCUGCCGCCACCGGCUCCCAACAGGCGGGAGAGGUGCCCGAGGGCGAGGGCGAGGAGGAGGGCGGUGAGGGACCUCCCUCGUUGGACUGGUCCCUGAUGGAGGAGAUGUUUGCUCAGGUGAUCAAGGCUCGCGCCACCCCCGCCAAGACCUCCAACAACAGCAAGCAGCAGCAGAGCGUCAUUGACUCCAAGCGGGCUUACAACAUCGGCAUCCUCAUGGGAUCAAAGAUCAAGAUUCCGGUGGAUGCUCUCCGCGCGCGUGUGGUCCAGUUGGACCCGCGGGCCUUCGACAGCGAGGAGGCGGUGGGGGCACUGCUGCAGUGUGUACCCUCACAGGACGAUGCAGCGGCACUGGCGGCAUACCGGGACAGCGGUAAGCCGCUUGAGGACCUGGGUGAGGCGGAGAAGGUGUGCCUGCAGCUCAUGAGUGUGCCCGCAGUGGAGCAGCGGCUCAGGGUGUACAGCUACAAGUUCCAGACGCCACAUAAGCUUAAGAGCGCUAAGCAGGCGAGUGGGGCGACGGGCACCAGGAGCUGUGUGUUCGCCGCCAACCUGCGGGCCAUUGAGGCCAUGCGCACCAGCCCCAUGUUCCACAGGGCUCUGAGACUGGCCAGGGACGCGGGCAACUUUAUGAACUUCGGUACACGGCUGGGGAACGCCAUUGGUUUCCGGCUGCGCGCGCUGCCCAAACUGCAGGAUACCAAGUCGGCGGACGCAAAGCACACUCUGCUGAGUGCUCUUGCUCUUGAGGUGAUGCGAGUAGGCGGCCGCAGCACCGGGGAGAGCGUGCUGGCGGACGAGAUGGGGACGCUAUCGGACAGCAUGCUCAAGGUGAGCCACGCGGAGGCGGGUGAAAUGCUGGCCAUUGCGGAGCAGCAGCUGGACGAGAUCCGGGGCUUCCUGAAGACCUACACGCCCAUCACGGACGCAGGAUGGGAAGCAGCCGAUCUCGCCAUGACAGGAGCUGUUACCUGUGCAGGUGUGGAGGACACCUUUGCCACAACGAUGGCGGCUGAGUUGGAGGCCAUGGAGGCGCAGUACUCAGAAGUGCGCGGCAUGCAAACCUGCAUGAAGGAGCAGUACGAGGCCAUGCUCAAGUACUUUGGAGAGAACCUCAACUCGACGCCGAGCGACACGGAGUUCUGGGCGGGAAUUGCGGCAUUCGUGGACAAGUUCAGUGCCACCCAGAAGGCCCUGCUGGCGGUGAGACGGCCGCUGGGAGGGGAACAGGGGACUGAGCGCCAACUCGGGGAGUGGUUGGGGGAUGGGACUAGCUCCAUGUUAUGGCUCCAUGAGGCCAAGGAUGUGAAGCCGACUUCAUCAUUGGGGAUUGUGACCCUUUCGCUUCAUCGUCCAGGUCGAGGUUGGCGGAAGGGCUUCUUGCCCAUGCCCAGUAGAGUAGAGUAUGACGUCCCACAUCCGGGCGUGUCCAAAGUCACCAAAGGCAUCAAUGGUAUGCCGCUGACCCAAAAGCGGCUGGAAACCCUGGAAGCGCGUGAGCGGCUGUUGUCGUCUGGCCGCACACCGUCGAAGACGAUGAGUCUAGCAGGUGCCCCUAACGGGACUACCAACGCACUGGCGGCGGCUGCUUCGGCGGUGCUGCACACACAUCCGGGGACGCCAUCGCAUGACGGCAGCAGCAACGGCGCGGCUGGCCAGACAGGCAGCCCUGGGUUCCUUUCCCCCCUGACCCUUCUGACAUGUCAGCAGGGCGACACCCCGCGGGCCACAAUUCGCCCCACAAGUACCCUAAGGCUGGACUCCUCCCGCGACGACGAGUCCGGAUGGCCCCUCAGCAGCCCCAUACGCGGGCAGAGCUUUGCCGCGCGGCUAUCUGAGGUGAGCUUUGCCAGUUCGUCGCACGUCGUCUCCACGACGACACUUGGCAGCCCUGAUGCGGCAGCUGCACCGGCGCCGGUGCAGCUGCCUCCGCCGCGCCUUUCAGCCAGCCAAGCGGGCCAUGGCGGCGGCAACCACGCGCCUGGGCUAGCCCAUGGCCGGGGGGAGGCUGCUAUGGCGGGCCUCGCGGCAGCGGCUGCGGGGCUGGCAGCGGCGACGGCGUCUGUGUCUUCUACAGCUGCCGCCGCUGCUGUGUGUGCAGCCGUGCACACUCGGUCUGUCAGUACCGGCAGCGCUGGCCAACUGGCCUCGUUAUCUACAAGCACCACGCAGCAAGCUUCCGCUGCGUCAGCCCUAUCGGACGCUACGUUGCUGCUGCAGCCGCCGCCUUCGUCCAUGGCUGAAGCAGCGGCGCAGAAAGCAGCUCAGGAGGAGCGGGAGAUACAGGCGGCCAAGCAAGUUAGCAACAGGCGACUGGCCGACAUUUUGAUGGUGGAAAGCAGGCGGAGGAAGACGGCAGAGGGAAUGCUGGCAGCAGCGGAGUCGGCUGCACCGGGCACCGCUACGUGCUCAGUUUCAUCUGGCUCCCUCACCCCGGACGUUAGGGUCCUGCUAAAAAACCCGGUUGCUAACAUCUUCUCGCAGAGCUCGGAUAAAACACUAGCUAAAUGCCAGAGGGGGUGCCUCGGUCAUGACGGUGUACAGUCACAAAGCCUGCAGGACAUGCGGGCGCUCACGGUCAUUGGGCCUAUUAACCUUUCACUCCCAACAGCCCGACCUAAAGCGCACAAGGACUUGGUGCAAUCGCUGGGGGAGGGCGGUCUCUGCGUGAGCGAGCCAUCCAGGGCGCGCUCCAUCACGGCAGUGUCAACAUCCAAUUAUGGUAACGGCACGCCUUGGCCCCAGUGGGGAAACGCCUGGGGUUACCCAAGGUGUUCUCGCACGUCCAACGUGCAUCAAGCCUCUUCACGAAACCCCCAGAACGUCUCCCACGGGCAGCAUGAGGUUAACGCAAUGCGCCACCAGAUCAUCCCUGCACAAAUCAGCCGGUAAGGUUAUGCCCAAGCUGGUUAUAAAGGUCAUGGCCUGCUCGCCCAACAUUCAUUGUUACCGUCAAAUGCCCGGCCCAUGCCGGCCACAGAAGCUCUAUGACACUGAGUGCCCGGCCUUUUUGUCACCAAAAUGGAGUUCCAGAACCUUAGCACUAAAUUAGCCCAAUGAAACUGGAGUGGCCUCUGCGACAACUCAUGGUACAGCGGGACCACAGUCGAGCUCCUGGCUCCUACCACCAUC